AUGCAUGCUGGCUUCCUGACAUUAUGCCGCCAAAUUUUUCUGCUGCAAUGCUGCUACUUUAUUUUUGCAGCAGCUUGUACAGUAGUGAAAAAAGAACUGAGCUGGCAAAUGUCACCUGUAAAUCAAUUUUCUCGUAUCGAUCUCAAUAGUUCCCUGGCUAACGUCAUAUCUACAGCUGGAACUGUGUCUGGGAUGUUCUCCAGUGGUGCACUACCUGUAGAGAGUUUUGGUUCUCUUACGAAAGAAUGUCCUUCCGAAUGUUUGACAACCUUGACAGCUUACACUGAUACAAAGCAAGGAACUUUCGUCAUGCUUCGUCCUGGAGACAUCAACUCCUUUGUCAACUACACUCCGUUGAAAGCCGAUGCUUUACUCUGUGCUCCCUCAGAAGGCUACUGCGGAGCGGACAAACCUGUCUAUCUCGUGUACUCUGAUUUGUUACGAGAUUACUAUAUCGCAUUCCAACCUACCGCAGCCUCGACUUAUGUAGUGCAAAACUCAGGAAAACCACUCUGUUAUGUGUGGACGAGUACAAGCUCUUCUACUACAACGACAACAUUAGCUACUUCUGCCAUGCUCAAUGGGACAACAACUACCUCUGCCACGCUUUUCGAUAACAGUACUACUUUAUCCGUAUUCGACAAUAGUACUACAACCACAGUGCCGCUGUUAUCGAAUGACACGACUACUACCUCUUUAUUUACAAACAGCUCUGAUAAUUCAACGACGACACCUUUCAAUUUCACCACGACUACACCCAACAAUGUUAAUUAUACUACCACAACGCUCCCCGGAAAUCUGACUAGCGUCUUUACUACAACUACCGUAACCUUUCCGAUUACUGUACCAGGAGGAAACGCUACUACAUCUGGAAUAACAACGACUACGGCCACAUCUUUAUCGAGCACGACUACAAUUCUGUCUAGCACGGAUACCAGCACAGAUACGUCAACAACGACCAAAUCAUACAAGAAGAAAAAAGCUCUCAGCAUUUGGCCUCUUAUUCUUGCUGGAUUUGUUGGACUUGGAGUGCUAGUGAUUACCUUGCUAGCACUCUCCACUCUCAGUAUUAUUCGAUCUGGAAAACGAGCGCUGGUCCAACCGAUGAAAACGACAAGUCCUCCACCACCAUAUCCAUAUCAUCAGGAUCCUAACAGUGAAUUACCACCCCAGCCUGUCACUGCGAUGGCUGCUCCGCAAACAUUUACGCUAAACGCGCCACCAUCUGCAGAGAUACCUUUACAUACAAUGCCUAAUAUCUACGGAUGAUCUCGCGCAACAAUCCAGU